AUGGCCAGGCUUCUUCCUCCUCUCCCCCUCCUCCUCCUCCUGCUGCUGCUGCUCGUCGUCUCCGCCUCAGCACACGGCGGCGGCGACGGGGACCACGACGGAGACUCAGCUCCGGGUUCGGAUGAUAAGCCUAAUCUCAGAGCGCGUUCUCUGAUUCUUGUGAAGAUAUGGUGUUUGAUUUUAGUGUUCAUUGGGACGUUUGUUGGGGGAAUUUCACCUUAUUUCUUGAAAUGGAAUGAAGGGUUUUUGCUGCUGGGGACACAGUUUGCUGGUGGGGUGUUUCUAGGGACUGCUUUGAUGCAUUUCUUGAGCGAUUCCAACUCCACUUUUCAGGAUUUAACUAGCAAAGAAUACCCUUUUGCUUUCAUGUUGGCCAGCGUUGGUUAUUUGCUCACCAUGUUGGCUGAUUGCUUCAUCAUUUAUAUCUAUGGGAAGAAGAGCAACGGGUCUUCUUCUUCUUCUUCAAACGGCAACAACCAUCGUUCUGAAUCAGGUAUUGGUAAAGACAGCAACAUCGAAGGGGCCUCAGAAUCCGCGUUUCAGGUAGCAGAGAAAUCAGACCACCAUUUCAGUGGAUCGACAUCAGUUGUAAGUGCGGCAUCUCUAGGCGAUAGCAUCUUGUUAAUCGUCGCCUUGUGUUUCCAUUCCGUGUUUGAAGGGAUCGCCAUUGGAGUUGCAGAGACUAAAGCCGAUGCUUGGAAAGCACUAUGGACAGUAUGUCUGCACAAGAUUUUUGCAGCUAUUGCUAUGGGAAUAGCCCUCCUCAGGAUGAUCCCUAAUCGUCCACUGUUAUCUUGUGCUGCUUACGCUUUUGCAUUUGCAAUUUCAAGUCCCAUUGGCGUAGCCAUUGGGAUUAUAAUCGAUGCAACGACUCAAGGCACCGUAGCAGACUGGAUUUACGCCAUAUCAAUGGGUUUAGCCUGUGGUGUGUUCAUCUAUGUGUCGAUUAAUCAUUUGCUUUCAAAAGGGUAUAACCCACAGAAGUUGUCAGCAGUCGACAAGCCUCAUUUCAAGUUCUUAGCAGUUCUGUUAGGUAUCGCUGUAAUUGCUGUUGUUAUGAUUUGGGACACAUGA